GUUAUCAUCUUACAAACAUACCGUACAAGACUGUACUAAGCAUGAAUUGUGUUGAAAAUGGGAAGCGUACCUUGACUUUCGUCACUGGAAAUGCUAACAAACUUAAAGAGGUGCAGUCAAUGUUGGGAGAACAAUUUCCAUGGAAUUUAAUUGCAAAAAAUAUAGAUUUGCCAGAGUUCCAAGGUGAACCAGAUGAAAUUUCUAUUGAGAAAUGUAAAAUUGCAGCCAAGGAGAUUAAAGGUCCGGUCAUUGUUGAAGAUACAUGUUUAUGUUUUAAUGCAUUGGGUGGCUUACCAGGUCCAUAUAUAAAAUGGUUUCUUAAGAAAUUAAAACCUGAAGGUUUACAUCGCCUGUUGACUGGUUGGGAAGACAAGUCUGCUUAUGCUAUGUGCACAUUUGCAUUCUCAAAUGGUGACAUGGAAAAACCUGUUGAACUAUUCACUGGAAAAACAAAUGGAACAAUAGUGGAACCAAGAGGACCAAGAACAUUUGGAUGGGAUCCUUGUUUUCAACCUCAUGGCUUUGAAAAGACAUUUGCUGAAAUGGAUUUGGAGAAAAAGAACGAAAUAUCGCAUCGAGGGAAAGCGUUGAAAGCUUUAAAAGAAUUUCUCGAAGAGCUGCACAUACCAACUGUAAAAAAGUUAAAAAACCGAAAUAAAUGAUGAAUUAUUAUAA